ACACAACGAUCUACCAGGACACAGAGGAGACAGCGUCCAUGAAUGUUUCUUCACCAGGUCCAAGCAUGAAGUCUGAGGUGGAGGAGUCUCUCACUGAAGCUCAGAGCAGAUAUGAGCAGGCGAUGGAGACGAUAACUCAGCUUGAGGAGAUAAACUCCACCCUGAAGUCCAAAGUGACCACACUGGAAAAGGAUCUCUCUCAGACCCGGUUAAUGUGGAAAGACCAAAUCAGGGAGUCUCUCGCUAAAUCUCAGAGGAGACAUGAGCAGGCAGUGGAGAAAAUUACUCACCUUGAAGAGAUGAAUUUCAUCCUGAAGUCCAAAGUAACCGCAUUGCAAGAGGAUCUCUCUCUGACACGGAUAAUGUGGAAAGAGCAAAUCAGGGAGACGGAGCAACAGCAGGAGGCUCGUGCUAGACUGGAGUCCCAGUGCAACAAGAUGGAGGAAACUUUAAAACAGCGACUGACUGAGUCUCUCACUGAAGCUCAGGAGAGACAUGAACAGGCAGUGGAGAAAAUGAAUCACCUUGAGGAGAUGAACUCCAUCCUGAAGGCCAAAGUGACCACAUUGCAAGAGGAUCUCUCACUGACACAGAUAAUGUGGAAAGACCAGAUCAGGGAGACGGAGCGACAGCAAGAGGCUCGUGCUAGACUGGAGUCACAGUGCAGGGAGAUGGAGGAAACUUUAAAACAGCGACUGACUAAAAAAAAAUUACAGGUCUCUCAGGUUGAAGCUGAGCACAAAUACAACAAAGCGAUGGAGUCCUGUGCCCAGCUGGAGAAUGAGAAGACUGAGCUGCUGUCCCAGGUGAUCACACUGCGAGGAUCAGUGCAGCAGCUGGAGGAAGAGCUCUCAGUCACACGCACAACAUGUGCUGCAGUGAAGGAAAGUGAGCAAAAGCAAGAGGUUGGCCAUUUUCUGAAGGCACAGAGCAAUCCAGUAAAUCAAACACACUAUGAUAAGCUCCGAAUGAACUAA